AAGCGGCUUUCGUGGUCAACACGUAACUUCAGCUAUGGUUUGGCAACACUGGCUGAAAGUUCAAGAUGUUUGGUCAGACGUUGGAUAAGGCCAACACCACACCCAAUGAUGAUGCAGAAAUUCAUUUAGGUUUCAAAAGUCUAUAGGUUACUACAGAAGCAGCAAGUGUGAAAGACGAACAACGAUCAUCAUCGCCACUGCAUAAAGGAGCGAGGCGAAAGACGUUGUGCGUUGUGAAUUGCAGCAGUGUUAUAGAUAUUUGUGUUAUAGUGUGCGUCUUUGCAUGAAUAUGAGUGCCUCCAAAUCCCACAUGAGCGGUGAGGUGAGAAUUGGACAAACUCUGAAUAAACAUGAGGAAGAGUUUGUGACCAGAAGAUUAAAAACUGUUCAACAAAGUCUGAAAAAGCUCGGGAUAGACUGCACGCUGGAUAAUGUGCCAAAAAUUGCACUACUGGGUUCUGGAGGAGGAGAACGAGCCAUGCUGGGUUUACUGGGAUGUCUGGUUAAACUUGAAAAAAUAGAGCUACUGGAUUGCAUCCUUUAUCUGAGUGGAGUCUCUGGAUCAACCUGGUGCAUGACAUCUUUAUAUCAGGAGUCAAACUGGUCCACAAAGGUCAACUCAGUGAAGGAGAAGAUCAUUCAGACACACAAAGGUUCUGGUGUAGGCUGGGGUGAUGCAAAUUCCAAACUGAAGAAAUAUUACGAUGAGAAAGGCAUGCUCAGCUUAACUGAUGUUUGGGGAGUGAUAAUGGUCACUUCAUUUGUGAAAGAGAUAGACGAGCACAUAAUUUCAGAGCACCAGGUUGGACAUGAUAAAGACCCGUUUCCCAUCUAUAAUGUGAUUGACAAGGGAUGCAGACAGCAGAAUAAUGGAGAUCCCUGGUUUGAGAUCACCCCAUAUGAAGCAGGUUAUUCCAUCAUCGGAGCGUUUGUGGACGUCUCUAAAUUUGGCAGUGAGUUUCAAGGUGGCCGUGAGAUUAAACAUCUGCCUGAAAUGGACAUGCUUUACCUGCAAUCUCUGUGUGGCAGUUGUAUUGCUGAUGGAGAAAUCAACAUGCAAUACGUAUUGGAAAAGAUUAAAGGGUUCUUUAAUAAAAGUAAAGAAAAUAUUUUUCAGGUGGAUGGAAAGUUGGAAGAAGAUAGCACGUCUCCAACAAUAGAAGAAGUCCACCAACUGUUCUUGGAUCUGGUGGAAAUGAAUCUCUGUGCGUUGAGAGGUGAAGACACUUCUCCUUAUGAAGAAGCCAUCAGAGCAAAGCUAUCAGAACUUCAGCUGGACUUAGUUGAAAUAGAUGAAACAGACGGUGUAUUUGAUCCAGUUAAGAGGUUCACUGCGGCUGCAUCUGAGAGUUUGAAGUCCACAUUUCAGUCGGCGAAUGUUUAUGGGAACGUUAUUCAGUCUGUGUUUAAGUGGAACUGGGGCAGAAAGUACAAUUUUCUUUACAAAGUGAAAGAUGACGCAGUGCCCAUCAUUUUUUGGGACAGUAAACAGAGAGACUAUGAAGAUGCCGGUAUAUUGAACAACUCUCCUUACAUCUCAGUGCUGAGACAGGAGAGAGACGUUGACCUCAUCAUUUCCCUGGAUUUCAGUGAAGGAGAUCCUUUUGAGACAGUAACGAAAGCUGCUGCUAUGUGCAAGAAAGAAAACAUCCCUUUCCCUAAAGUUGAUAUACCACCUAAUGAGUUCGCAAAGGACUUUUAUGUGUUUGAAGGCCAUGGAGAAGCACCGACCGUGAUCCACAUCCCUCUCUUCAACACAGUCAACUGCGGAGUUAAUAUUGAGGAGUGGAGAAGAGAAUAUCGCAUAUUACAUCUUCCCUACGGUCCUGAUAGGAUUGAUUCUCUUCUGAAUAUUGCUGGCAAAAACAUCACAAACAACAAAGAGAAACUGCUGGAUGAGAUUAUAAAGUGCAUUGGGGUGAAAUCAGCUAAGCAUUAGCAUGAUUACAUUUAAUACUUUGAAUAUACCAAAUACUAUACAAAAACGUAAUAAUGAAAAGCGCAGAGUGAACAAACUGCAGUUCUGUUAUCAUUGUCUGAUGCAUUUUAUUGUCAUAAUAUAAUCUGGCAUUAUCAUCAGCUGUUUUUAAGCAAUCGUCUGAUGUUCGUUAGUGAGAAAAAAGCUUUUAUCUUCCAAUACCGAUUAUAGGCCGAUAGUCAUCCCUAAUUAAAAUGUUACACUUCAGGUCUGUUUGAUAUGUUAAAAAAUAUUUUGCUUCUUCUGAAAUUAAUUAAUAAAUUGUUUUAUAAAAAAGCAAACAAAAAAGUUAUUUUAUUAAAUUACUUUGAUAAGUUUAUGUGGACUGCAGGCUUAAACCAAAAACAAAUUAGGAAUAAAUGAAAAGUUUGGUUCCAAAAAGAGAAAACUCUAUUUUUUGUCAAAACAUGUUUAUUAUUAUGUUAUCAUGUUUUUAUUGUGUUUUAUUGUGCUGCUUAGCUGUGUUUGUUAUUUAUGAAAGCUUAAAUCAAAACAAACUAAAUAUAGUUUGAUGAUAUUAAUUGGAAUGCACAAAGAUGUUUGAAAACUUUAAAAAGCAAAGUUAUCUGGUUUUUUUUUAUUUGGCAUGAAUGCAUAAAACUUUGUGCUUUACUGAAGAAAGGAGGUCAUACAUCUGGGAUUACAUGAGAAUGAGAACCAGUGAGUUUUGAAGUUAUUGUAGUUUCGCUAAAUAAACUCUUGUAUUGUUUGACAAGAGUCAUUUGGAUUAGUUAGUGUGUGUGCUUUUGGGAGUUUCAACAUUUUGACAAACUAGCUAUAGGCUAUGUAUGUCAUUAUUAUAUCUUUUUGUCUAUAUAAAGCAUGACAAUUUAAGUUUCUGAUUGUGUUUUAACAAUUUACUAAAAUUAUGAUUUUAAUUCAAGUAAAAUAACAAAAUAAUGCUACUUUUUUUUGCAGGUAAAUAAGAUAAAAUUCCAAAGAAAAAUGCACGAGACUUGAGUGUUUUUAAAUAAAACAUUUUGGGGCGGUUUCCCAGACAGUGAUUACACUAAAAUUAAAGAGCUGCCCAAACUGCAAACAACUUGCAGUGACCACAUCAGUGCUCUUCGUUUUGCCUCAAAAUGCACAAAAGUAAUGUUUUGAUUUUAAGCAUGUUUCUUAAAACUAGUUAUAUUUCCUAACUAAACUAAGGCCUAGUCCUGGCUUAAGCUAAUCCCUGUCUGGGAAACCACCCCUUUAAAUUAAUGUUAUCUUAAGAUUGUGUUGAAAAUGUGUUGCUUUGCUUCUAUUGAAAUCAAAUAAAAUCUUUUUUUCAAAC